ACCUUUGCACAACCAACAUGGUCUCAUCUAUAAAGUGUUUCGUUUUCGUAAUUUUAGUGUUUUCUUUAAUCAUAAGCGCUAAAUCGGAAAUAUGUCUACAACUUGAACAGAUUUGCCAAAAAUUGUGUUUUCUUCUAUCCAAGGCUGGAUACCCCGCAUCAGAUGAAGAAUAUGAAGUUAAUGGCGCUUGCCAGCUACCAUUGAAAAAUUACAAUACCGAAAAUGAUCUUCUUACAGCCAAGAACAGCUCUAGAGACUUUUGUCGAUGUAACGAAAACGAAAAUAGUGCUCGGGAAGAAUUACUGGAUACAAUCAGAAUAAGACAUCUUGGUGAAUUUUUUAUUUCAGUAACUAUAUUUUUGGGACUUUUACUAACGACUGCUUGGAUUUACACAUCGAUCAGAGAACUAAGGCUGUUAAUUAGUUCUAAAAUUUUGAUAUCCCUAGUCAUUACCGAGAUGUUAAAUCUCAUUCCAAUAAUUACACUUAUGUACGAUCAUUGGUAUUCGUUUAUGAGCCUCGAACAAUAUGGUAUUCUUAUGAAAGCAACAAACUAUUUGGAUAUAUGCAUUAUGAACUGGUUUAUCGUUAUGUGCUACGAGAUACAGCGCAAAUUUUCCCAAAUAAACAGCACUCAAAAUCCGAAUAAGGAUUUUAUACGUUUCAUUUGGUAUACGAUCUAUGUUUGGUGUUUUUCGCUGAUGUUGUCUGCCAUUGAGUGGGCUUCCUAUACAGAGAACAUGGAUUAUAUGGUCUUUGUGUUUUUCGUUAUACUUCAUACGAUAAUCUUUUUAAAGGUGUCCUUUACCAUUUGCACAAUUCGCCUUAAAGCAUCCAAGAUGAUAGAAAGACAUCACUCCAUGUGGGCAAAUAUUCGUAUAAUUAUCCGGCUAUCAGCAAUUAUGGGUAUCUCACAAAUGUCGGAGUAUUCGGUGCGCAUAGGUUGCGAAUAUUUUGGAAGCACAUUUAAGACUUAUAUGCAGAUUGCAAGUAUUGUUUCCAGUCUAAAUGCUGUAAUGAUUUUUAUAUUGUUUGUAUUAAGACCCAAAGUCUUGAAAUUGUUGAAAUCAAGUGCCUGCUGUAUAAGUCUAAGUAAGGAACAUGCUCCAGCAGUGGCAGUUUGAACGUAUCGCAGAAUUGUGGAACGAAGAGUACGGCUUCAACAAAAAUUCAAAAGCCGUUAGCCAUUAUAGAAACUGACAAGUGCUGUAUUUUACUUAAAUUAAAUAUGGUAUAAUAAAACGUGGCUAAUAUAAGUACAUGCACCCAUAUUGCAAAAAUAGCCUUCAUUGUGGAUACAAUGAUUAAAAAUAAAAAUGUACUUCAAUAUGAA